AUGGACACUUAUCUGCAUGUGACUCAUCGGACCAAUGGAGCAAACCCUUCCUGCAGCGCGAGGGGUGAGGACAGUCUUCUCAUCACAUUAACUAGACCUACUGAAGGUGUGCAGAGCAGCGGGAAUCAUCAUGAAGAGCCAGCGUGUGGGAGCAGAGAAGAGACAAAGCUGUGUCCGGUGGAAGAUGCGAAGGCAACUGAAAGAAAACGUGGGAGCAUUGAUGAAGAGAAGGAGGAGAAAGGCUGCAAGCAGAAAGUUCUAGAAAUGUUGAGGGAGGUGCAAGUCUUUCAUUCAGACAAACUGACAGUUUGGAGAGACACUAUCAAAAAAUGUGAGUUCAUGCUCAAGAAGGGUCUUCAAAGGAGCGAUGAACAGCAGCAUUCAGCUUCAACAGAUAAUACAGAUGGUGAAACCUGGCCCUGUUCAUCAUCCCUCGGUUACAUUUUCCUUGCUAUCGGGGAGGAUCUGGAGAACAUUAGUGACAAAGUGGGCAAAAUCAGGACAAAGCUGGAGGCAGCAGUCCUGCAGCUGUCUGCAGACGAGGCCCCCGCUCUGGCUGCAGAGCUUCAGGUGUCCACGGACACCGCAGUGCACCAUGAGGAUGUCAGGAAUCAUCAACCUGAAGACCAAGCUGUGGAUGGAGGCAAUGAAAGCGUUACAGCCCCGCCGCCUAACGCCGACGAAACACAUGACGCUGGAUUGAGCUUGAGUAGCUGCCACAAGGAGGAAGACAUGGGUGAAGUAUUACAAGUCAAACCUCAAGUGAAAGAGCUCCCAGAGAAUCGCCUUCAAAGAAAGACUGAUCUACAGGAGGAGACAGAGGAGAAUGGAGAGAAGAGAAAUGACAAGAAAGAAGGCGAGAAAAAAAGGGAAUGGAUUUCUGUUGGGCUGACGGGUCAGCUGGAGGACGGCCACUCUGCUGUACCAGAUCAGUGUUUUGUCAGAGUACCUGCUGGCGCCGAUAAAGCCCUGAGGUGCGAGCCGGCCGACACCCUGAGCUGCUUGAUCGUAACCGGCUCGGAGGAGCUGCUCAGCAGAGUGAUCCACAUCAAAGUUCAGGACGGAGCCAGCUUCCCGUUCCCUGCGACUGUGAGUUUGCCUUUCCAUGUGCAGCAUCGCAGCAGCUACAGGGACCUUGCUGUGAAGGUGGUCAAUGAGGAGAGGAGGGUGAGCUACAUCACACCCCUAACCACCGAGGAUUCGUACAGGGGCCACAAGGGUACUUUUGCAGAGGUGAAGGUGUACUCACUGGGUCUAUUUGCAGUGGUUUCCUGUUUAAAAAGAGAAUAUUACACUAUUCCCAAGAGAGGUCUGUUGCUGAAACUCCCAAUGGAUCCCCGAAUCUGUCUGAACUACCUCCCAGGAUCCUUCACUGCUCCUGUAAUGGCACAAACUAUGAUCCAGCCCGUGGAUGCUGUUCUCCUGGCUGCCGUCAAGUGCAGUAACGAUCUCUAUAAACUGGUGCUGUCUGCCAGCCCACUGCUCUACCUCACCCACCCAACCUCACAACCCCUUAGGAGACCCCUCACAGUGACGCUUCCAUGUCCACCAAACCCUGGAAAGAGGAGAGAGACGAGAAGACACAAAGAGCAAAACCACCAACAUCAGUCCCACGGUUUCUCCCUGCUUCCUUCAGACAGAAGGAGGUGUGUUACAUGUAAAUGUUCUAAAGAGACGUCUAACGAAUCACUGGCGGUUCUGGGCUCAAGGGACAAACAGUGGAGUGUCCUAAAUGAAGUCACCGUCAGGAAUCAGCAGAACGGACUGGCGUCCUUUGACCUGCUAGAGAAGUUUGACAGCCUCCUCGUGGUCCGUCUACUCUCUCCUCUGCAGCCUUGUCAUCUCAUCUCCCUGGCCAGAGAGCUGGAGGAGGCGGUCUGCAGCCACGCCGUCACCAUCGUCCUCCAGCGGCGACAGGAUGACCCUCACACUGCCCUGGUGGCUGCCCUGCCCAGCAGGGACCUCGGCUGGGAGCUGAGCAAGCUGCGAGCUCGGGGCCUCGGCGGCCUCGUGGAGACCUCGCCGGAGAUCCGUAUGUGUGAAGGAGAUCAGCUUCUCCUGCGUUUCAGUGGCAACAUCAGCUCUACAGCUUUUGAGCAGAACAACAUAAAUGAGGUCAAACAUGAGCGGCUCACCUUUCACAGUCAGCGGAGGACUCGCCUCCUGCUGCACCUGAGUGAAGUGGACCCGUUUGGGAACUACAGCUCGCCUCACUACAAGGGGACGGUCCUGUUCUAUAAAGUCAGCAGAGGUCUGCUGCAGUGGGGACGGGAUCAAGCGGUCCUGCAGGACACCAAGCUCCUCGGAGAGCCCAUCUGCAAGCUGUCCCUGACUUUACCAAAGAAAGUGAGACGAAUUCAUCGGCCCGUCAUGGCCAGGAUGAAGUUAUGUGACGAGACAGAGUUCCUGUCAGAUGAUCUUCUUCGCUGGCUGUCUGAGGAGCUGUCGCAGAAGGAGACGGCUCUGCUGGUGUCCUCCCUGCACCUCCGCCGCAGUGCCGCCCAGGUGGUGAAGCUCCGGGCCGGGGAUGGCCCGUCGGCCCAGACCUUCCACGUCCUGGCCAUGUGGAGGAGAGCACUGCCCGCCGCCCAGCACCAGCCCAAGGCCUCCCAGCUGGCUCAGUGCUUGGCCCAGAGCGGCAGGCCGGACCUGGCCAGAGAGGUGCUGCUGCGACAGGCAGACCUCGCUGAGAUGAGGAAGCUUCAAAAGUAGACUUUUAUCAGUUGUGCAGGGCCAAAAGAGUGGAUGGUAGUGCGUUAGUUAUCCACAAGAGGUCAGCAUUAGACUUAGAGAUCAAGCAACUGUUUUGACUCGUGUAUCGUGC